CUUUGCCUUUUGCAGCCUUGGACUCUGCCAUUCUGUUCCUGGGGCCAAACAGGGAACCGGUUCUAACACCCAAGGCAGAGGCCUGCGUGGGCACAGCACAGGCAAGGGCCCAGGACUCUGCAGAAAUAGAAGCCCAGGAGGGGCCAGACCUGCCUGGGCGAGGUUUGGAGUCCCCGACUGCCUCCUGAGUUUCUGGAAGCGAACGAAGGAGCAGCAGAGACUGAAGGUCUUAGUGCAACUUCAAAGUCGGCCUGAGAACAGGGCUGGGGGCGGCCAGUCCAGCGCUGGUCAGGAAGAGGGCUUUGGUGCCUCCAGGAUGCGGGCUCCGGGUGCGGGCGCGGCCUCUGCGGCCUUGCUGGCGCUGCUGUGGCUGCUGGGGCUGCCGUGGACCUGGAGCGCGGCGGCGGCGCUCUGCGUGUACGUGGGCAGCGGCGGCUGGCGCUUCCUGCGCAUCGUCUGCAAGACGGCGAGGCGGGACCUCUUCGGCCUCUCUGUACUGAUCCGCGUGCGCCUGGAGCUGCAACGACAUCAGCGUGCUGGCCACACCAUCCCGUGCAUCUUCCAGGCCGUGGCCCAGCUGCAGCCGGAGCGCCCAGCCCUGGUGGACGCCGGUAGCGGCGCGUGCUGGACCUUCGCGCAGCUGGAUGCCUACUCCAACGCUGUGGCCAACCUCUUCCUCCAGCUAGGCUUUGCCCCGGGUGACAGGGUGGCUGUCUUCCUGGAGAGCCGUCCCGAGUUCGUGGGGCUGUGGCUAGGCCUGGCCAAGGCGGGCGUGGAGGCCGCACUGCUCAAUGUUAACCUGCGGCGCGAACCUCUGGCCUUCUGCCUGGGCACCUCGGGCGCCAAGGCCCUGGUCUUUGGUGGAGAAAUGGCAGCGGCGGUGGCAGAGGUGAGCGGUCAGCUGAGAAGGAGCCUUCUUAAGUUCUGCUCCGGAGCCUUGCGGCCUGAGGGCGUCUUGGCAGACACGCACCUCCUGGACCCGCUGCUGAAGGAGGCCUCCACCGCCCCCCUGGCACAGCCCCCCAGCACAGGCAUGGAUGAUCGGCUCUUCUACAUCUACACGUCGGGGACCACGGGGCUGCCCAAGGCUGCCAUCGUCGUGCACAGCAGGUACUACCGCAUUGCUGCCUUCGGCCACCACGCCUACCGCAUGCAGGCGACUGACGUGCUGUACGACUGCCUGCCCCUGUACCACUCGGCAGGGAAUAUCAUGGGUGUGGGACAGUGCCUCCUCUACGGGCAGACUGUCGUCCUCCGCAAGAAAUUCUCAGCCAGCCGCUUCUGGGACGACUGCGUCAAGUACAACUGCACGGUGGUCCAGUAUAUCGGGGAGAUCUGCCGGUAUCUGCUGAAGCAGCCAGUGCGCGAGGCAGAGCGGCAACACCGCGUGCGCCUGGCCAUGGGCAACGGGCUGCGGCCAGCCAUCUGGGAGGAGUUCACGCAGCGCUUCGGCGUACGCCAGAUCGGCGAGUUCUACGGGGCCACAGAGUGCAACUGCAGCAUCGCCAACAUGGAUGGCAAGGUCAGCUCCUGUGGCUUCAACAGCCGCAUCCUGCCCCACGUAUACCCCAUCCGGCUGGUGAAGGUCAAUGAGGACACGAUGGAGCUGCUGCGGGAUGCCCGGGGCCUCUGCAUCCCAUGCCAGGCUGCCUCCUCCCCAGGGGAGCCCGGCCUCCUUGUGGGGCAGAUCAAUCAGCAGGACCCACUGCGCCGCUUCGACGGCUACGUGAGCGAGAGUGCCACCAACAAAAAGAUCGCCCACAGUGUCUUCCGCAAGGGUGACAGCGCCUACCUCUCAGGUGAUGUGCUGGUGAUGGACGAACUUGGCUAUAUGUACUUCCGAGACCGUAGUGGGGACACGUUCCGCUGGCGUGGGGAGAAUGUCUCUACCACUGAGGUGGAGAGUGUGCUGAGUCGCCUGCUGGGCCAGACGGAUGUGGCCGUGUAUGGGGUGGCUGUGCCAGGAGUGGAGGGUAAAGCAGGGAUGGCAGCCAUCGCAGACCCCCACAGCCAGCUGGACCCCAAUGUGAUGUACCAGGAGCUGCAAAAGGUGCUGGCACCCUAUGCCCGGCCCAUAUUCUUGCGCCUCCUGCCUCAGGUGGACACUACAGGCACCUUCAAGAUCCAGAAGACAAGGCUGCAGCGGGAGGCCUUCGACCCCCGGCAGACUUCGGACCGGCUUUUCUUCCUGGACCUGAAGCAGGGCCGCUACCUGACCCUGGACGAGGGCGUCUACACCCGCAUCUGCUCGGGCGCCCAUGCCCUCUGAUCCGCCCC